AUGGGUGAGCUAGAACGAGGAGGAGGGAGGGCGGAGCUUGCGCUCAGGCGCCAAGCCAAUCAUCGUCUCCGUAGGCGGAGCCUUACCGAAGGCGUGACCGGACCGGUGAGAGACGAGAGUGGCAGGUCGGGGAAUUCAAGAAUCCUAACAAGAUUAGCCUCCUUCGGGGCAAUUUUUGCGAGCUGUUAAAUGGCCUUUCGGAAAUUAUAGCGGUCAUUUAGAUGUUCCUUAUGAGUUAAUCAGAGUUCAAGAGCUUUUUGAACUGAAAAAAAUAGGAAAAAAAAUAGAGACGCUCAAAGUUUCAAGGACACAGGAGCGAGAGAUGAAAAAGUACACAGUCUCGCGAAAUUAGAGGAAAUAUUGAUGGUCAACGGCUGGCGCAAGAGCUGGCCAUUGUUUUGUGUGCACGAGCACCAGGUGUGGAAGGCUACGGGCUAAUUUGUACUAAAAACGUGGCUUUGGUUGAACGCGCUGAUUUCAAAACGAGGAUUUGUCAUUCGAAUGGGAAAGAAUCGCGGUUUGAUUGGAUACCAGGAAUGAUUUGAAAAGGAAGAAGCAGAGGUAGGAAGCAGACGCGAAUCCUGAAUGCCAGGUAAUCGCCACCCUUUCAACGAUAGUCGUAAAUCCUGGCUAAUCUUACCAGGAAACGCCUACAUCCCAUCCAGGUUACUAUAGUUAUCAAAAAUCAGAAACGUCAGAAAGGAGUCAAGUCCGAGUGGCUUUUUUUUCUGAUCGGAAAAUAUCGGGAAAACAGCAGACGCAAACAAACGUCGAUAUCACAAGCUCGGGCGUGAAAAAGUGGAAUAAUGCGAGGCGGUAAAAUGGGAUGAUGGCGACCGUAUCGCCAUGCUCACUUCCUCUUGCGUCAAUUCAACAAGUCUCGUAGCCAAUAUUUGUCAAGAAGGAGUCAAGUUGUGUUUACCAGGCAGUAAAGCGGCAUCAAUCCUUACCCCAGCCGCCACUACAGUAUCCAACCGCUGAGAGACUAACUUUCUUCUCCGGACGAGUCCGGAGGGCCGCCGGUGGAACUCAUUAGUGAUGAUCGACACAAAUAUCCCGUCAGGAAUAGAUUAUGUGAUGGCUGGCAGCAUGCGAAAGUCAAGGGAGACCGCGGCUAUACACACGGCCGUCGCAGAGCCACCAGCCAGAUUUCCUGCUUUUGCCUUUUUUGAGUUGCUCAAAAUUAGUUCCGAUUUUACUUCGAAGUUUGCAAGGAAAUUCGACAAGGAGAAGGCGAAAACAAUGUGUUUUCCUGUUCGGAGAAGAUUCGAGGUAUGAGGAACAUGAAAGCGCAUUCAACCAAAAAAUAUUUAUCAGAAACGCCAAAUUCUGAAAAAACGAGAUUUCUCUGAUGAUUCAAAUGUUUUUUAUGAAAAAAAAGGAAGCUUUUAUUGUAAUCCAAAAUAAUUGGAUCAAGGUGUUUUAACGUGAGAAACUAUACUAGCUAUGAGUCAGAAGUUUCACAAACAUCGAAAAAAACUUUUUGAAUAGUUUCAGAUGUGAUAAGAAAAAAAUCAACAGUUUUUUUGAUAAAAUUUGACGAAAAUUAUUUUCGAAAAACUUGAAACUUAUUGAAAAAAACAGCGAAAAAAAGAAUGAAAAACUCAUAAAGUUACCAGAUUAAUUUCAGGGUCCCUUGCGUUAAUAAAGAACAUGAGGAAAAAUCCUUCAUCAAAAAAAUACCUAAACUCCAGCUGUUGCUAAUUCUAAAAAGAAAAAAGUUUGAAAACUUUCGAAUGACUUCUUCACAAUAAGUUAUUGAAUAUUCUUUCGAAUAAUUUUCUUACUACAGUGGCGAAAGUUUUUGAUUUCAGUUAUUUUUUUUACUAAAAGCCAAAAUCCUUGUUCUGAAAAAAUUUCAAUCUGCUUGGGAACGGCUUUUUAUCGAGUUUUCGCCAUUCAAAAAAUCAUUUCGAUGGAAAAGAAAUCAAUGAGAAAGGUCCUGAGGCUCAUGAAGAAUGAGGAUAUAAUCCUAUCAAGGCAAUAACUUUAAUAAGCGAAGAGAAAGGAUGCGCAUAGCCGAGAUCCAUCUAAUUAUAGGGAGCUGUUGGGACCAAUUGGUUGCGCAACUGUCCCGAUUCACACGUACAUGGCAACUCACGGGCUGUUGCUUUUGGGCAGUUGGAGGAAGGUCGAGCAGCCGUGA